AUGCCCUCAUUACCAGCUUCUGAUGGGUUUCAAAAUCCAUUCCAGUCUUCAGGACUAAAUUCCAAGAUCUGUAAUCCCACAAAUCAAUUACUUGAUCGUUCUGUCUCUGCCCCUGCUUCAAUUUGCUCAUCCAAAUCUAGCCUCGCAGAGCCCAUUGAUCCUAGACCCGUCAAGUCUUUUGAGUCUUCAACUGAAUGCCAGAUCACCCCAGAAAAAGAACAUCCUCUCUUAUUACAACAUCUUUCCAAUAAUGCUUCCUUGGCAAAUAACGACCCUUCUCCCCAAAGAGGGGAGGUAACCUGUUGCGAUCCAGCUUGCCUUUCACAGAAGACACUCAAAGAAACAUUUCUUGCUGACAGUCUAAAGGAAUGUAACGCUAAAGAACAAGACCCUGGUCAGGAACAUCCUUUGGAAGUGAUAAAAGAAAAUAGUUUGGCUGACACUGCUGCUGAGCACAGGCAAAAUAAAGAUAGAUGUCUGUCUUCAGAACAGGAGCGAAAACAUGAGCUUCCCAUAGACCAUCAGACGUGCAGAGAACCAGAGAAGGAACAGCUGGAGAAACAAAUUGAGACAACUGACCCAAAACCUCCUUGCCAUGUUGUUGGGAUUGAGAAACCUGUUGUGGAAGAAGCCAGCCAGCCAGAAAAUCCUCUUGUGGAAACGAGAAGAGGUGGACAGGAGAAAGCAGGUCUUCCCUGUGUGAAAGGGAGUAUCCAAAUAUCAGCCUCCCAUAGCUGUGUGCAUACAGAAGCGUUCAUGGAAGUAGAUGUAGUUGAGCAGUCUGUAGCUGAGGAACACAGCUCAGCAAGCGACCAGAAGCAUCAGGCUGAGAACAGAAGUGUGUCUGACCCAAACUCAGACACGUUUUCUAUGGAGGUGGAGUCGCUGAAGUCUGCAUCCUCCUUGAAUGAUCCCCUUUCCACCGGUGAUGUCCCUCACUCUAAAAGCACUAGUGAAAUUCCUGCAAAGUAUAACAAGUUGUCUAAUUUGGCAGCUGAAGACAGCUCUUCUCUCUCCAGCAUCCAUCAGCUGGAGAUGGAGCCAGGAAGGCCUUCAGAAGAGCCAUGUUUCUCUCUAGCAUCAGCCUUGAAAGAGCUGCACAAACUCUUGAUUAUCAGUCGGAAAGGAGAAUGUAAAAUCCUUGCUUCUGAAGAAGUCUCUCAGCUGGACGUGGUUCGCAAAGAGCCAGCAGCACAACAGAAGGGGCUUUCAGAUGAUGAGCAAAAAGGUUCCGAUCCAGUCAGCCAGGAACAGGGUUGUUCCUUCUGUGAGGUGAGGUCUGAAGGUGGAAGAGCAGAAGGGAAACAGCCUUGUGAUUCUGGCCUAGAAACCAUGAGCGUCGGUUCUGUCAGUCACGUGCAGUCAGCUCUCGGAGAAGGUGCUUUAGAGAGUCAGGAGUUUUCAGGUCAGAGUGAUUUAGUCGUGGUGGACUCCACAGCGACAUCUGACCAACAACAGAGCUCUGAGCAGGCCGAGGUUUUGCCAGGAGGUGAUCAGAGUCCAACUAGUCUGGCUUCGGAGCAGAAUGCAUCGGAUGAAGAUGCACCUCAAGACACACGGAGCCUGUUGACAGGAGCACCUGUAAGAAGCAACAGUUCUGCUCCUGAAGGUCCGUGGCUGUUGGGUGGGUGUGAAGAACCAGUGCUGAGCCCACCAACUGGCUAUACUGGGCUUGCCUCAGGUGCUUCUCCACCGCCCGCUUUCCCUGCGGCUGAUGUUGAUCGAAUCCUCGGCGCUGGUUUUACCACGCGGGAAGCUCUUGAGGCUUUGGAACAAGCAGAUGGAAACACAGAUCUUGCUCUUCUCAUUUUGCUGGCCAAGAAUAUCGUUGUUCCUAUGUAA